AUCAUCUGCUCGAGAUGUCUCACCUUGCAGUCAGGUCAGAAAGACUUCUGCCCGUACCAGAAUCUAUUGGUUGAGGUUUCAUGGCAAGCCGAGCCCUGGUCCGAGCUCAUCUGGUGUUCAUGCGGAGAAGGUGGUGGGGUGACGUGCCCGACAACGACCUCUGUACCUUCAUGAAGACGAGCGUAUGGGGUCGCACGGACCUGACUACUCUGCUGUGCGGAAAUUUCACACUGUCCGCAUCAUCCGCCGAGACUGAGAAAGCAUAUGGCGGACGGAAGCGUCAAGCGCAACUCUUUCCGGCCCAUCGGACAUGGCGGGCGCUGCCCAAACUGGGUUGAUGAGGGCACUUUCUGCCAGUGAUGGUGAAUCGGGCGCUGCAGAUGCAAGACAUCAGUGUUACAUAUGCUCCCGGACCUACGAACGACAAGACCAUUUGAGCCGCCACCUCAGAUCACAUGAGAAUGAGCGGUCUUAUCGAUGCCCUGACUGCGGCAAAGGUUUCAAUCGAGCGGAUCUGCUCAACCGUCACCGCGCAGCUCAUACGAAGAACGCCGGUGAGGUCUUGCGGCGUCGUACCGGUCGAGCUUGCCUCGCAUGUAUCCGAGCGAAGACGAAGUGCGAUGAGCAACGCCCAUGUAAACGAUGCAAAACGCGUGGUACGCCUUGCGAGGAGAGUGAGAAUCGCAAGCACUCCGUAUUCCAGACAGGUCUAGGGGCAGCCAUGGAACAGGCUCCGCCACUCGCUGAGAGCCCUGACUAUACAGAGACCAGGGUUGGCUCGUCGGGGCUAACCGAUCAGUCUUCGCAGCAACCCAUCUCAAGUGCCGCCUUCGCACUUGGAGACUCUGGUGUGAGUGAUGUAUUCAGUGGGGCCGGGCAGUGUACUACACCACGAUCGUCGGCAGCACACUUCGAAGACGCUAGUCUACUACUUGGAUUGAAUGCUAGCAACACAGGCGGUACCACUCUUGCACAGUACGAUGGCGAGCCGAACGAUUUGCUCCCCGUCGAGGCCGGCGCCACAGGCCUUCCGUUUUCAGACUUUUUCGAACAGAUCAUGAUGCCUGAUAUGGACCUAUCACAACACCAUCCAACCAUUUUCCCGCCAGAUGUGUCUCACUUUACUUCGGAUCUCAACUUCGAUGUCCUCGACUAUGAUUUCAGUUUCCUAGCGCACGGGCUGACCAGGCCACCGACUCCACAAGGUCUUGAAGGUGAAGAAUAUAGCAGUACAGGGUCUGGCAAACAUACUGUGCACUCCGAUGCUCAUCUGCGUUCUGAAGCCUUUAGACGAAACCCUUGGUCUUGGAACGACUGGAUUCCGGAGCGCAACUCGCAUGUUUUUGCCGAUCAAGGCACACUUGAUGUACAUCAUGAAAGAGUCAACACCACGCACCAGCUGACGAGCCCUGAAAGUGUUCGUCUACAUCAUUGCGAGUUGACCAACCCAGCAAGGGACCGCAUGAUAAGGGUAGUGACUCAGGUUGCCCAGUCUCGGCUCGCAAUAUCUUCAUUUCCUUCUCUCGAGCUACUUGAAGACCUCAUCGACAUCUAUUUGUUGCAAGACAGCAGCGCGGCCGACUCUUAUAUCCACUCGGCCUCUUUCGCGCCUAUGAAGACUAGGACUGAGCUUUUGUUGGCCAUUGUGGCAGCUGGUGCGCGCUUCAUUGCCCUCAAAGAGGUGUGGAGAAUGGGGCUUGUUUUUCAAGAAGUUGUCCGACUAGGGUUGGCGGAGCUGUUAGAAAGUGACAACACAGCGACGCGAGAAUUGCAAGUCCUGCAAGCGUUGCUCUUAAUACUCGAUAUCGGUGUCUGGAGUGGCUUCCGACGCAAGACGGAAAUCGCAAUCUCAUUCCUAGGCCCACCUGUGACCAUGAUGACUUGGUCGAAGCUGUUGAUGCGUUUUGGAUACCUCGAUAUUGUACCUUGUGCCCAUGACACCGACCUAGAACUACAAGAGAAAUGGCAAGCCUGGGCGGAGCGCGAGGCGAAGAAGCGCCUCGUCCUGCAUACAUUCCUUCACGACUCGCAGGUGUCGAUGGUCAACAUGAAGAAUCCGCUCAUCUCGCCCGCACAGCUCAUGAUGCCUCUACCCGCAUGCAGGGAGCUCUGGCUGGCGCCGAAUGCUCACGCUUGGAGACACGCCUACCUCCGUCUGAAGCCGACGACACAGGCGGAGCUGCCUACCAUGAUGGACUUCUUUGGUGACAACAAAAUUCUGGAGCAUUUCGACGAAGUGGUGGACAAGCCGCUCUGCCUACUCGCCGCCUGUCAUGGUCUGGGCCACGAAGUGUGGCAAUACCGCUGCCAGGAACGCUUACUGGCGAACCGACAGAGCCACAGCCGCCGAGACCGCUGGCUUGACCACAAGCGGACUCAGCGAGACUUAUCUGACGAUCUCAGUGCGCUACAUGCUUACUGUGAUGUUCAGACCAACGGUAUGUCGGAGAUCAUGCUCACGAUCGAUAUGCUCAUGAUGUCUCUGCACGUAGACCUUGAGGAUAUCCAGACUUUCUCCGGCAAGCUUGGAGAAGAUGAAGCGCGCCGAGUCUACCCGAAGCUGCUUGCUUGGAGCCAAGAUACGGAAUCGCGGACAGCAGUUUGGCACGCGGGUCAAGUAUUCCGUCUUGCUCGCAAACUUGAGAAGACCCGGUUGAGAGACUUCUCUGCAGUUGCGCUCUAUCAUUCCACGCUAACACUAUGGGUCUACGGGAUGGUGACGUCGAACACUGCACGGAAGAACGGAGUGAAGACGCCAGCAGAUACACAGCCCCGGACAACCCAUGCGGACGAUAUCAACAACAGUAAUACACUCAUCGACACGGAUGAUGAGCGUGCCGCCAAGACUUUCGUGCUGCUUGGGAAGGGUGUUCCUGGCAUCCAGGAUUCCGUCCACUCUUUCGUGCCGCUCGCAAAUCCAAAAGGCUUGAUGUUGACGGCAGAAGCCGUGCUGAAAGGCAACUUUCACGACAGCCGGAAUGGCUUGCCACCUCUAGUGGAGAACCUGGCGAAACUGAUGAACGAGCUAGCGAACCUCUCGGGGUGAUCAGAGCUUCGGCACUAUUU